CACUGCUAAGAGCAGGAAGUGCACUCGAGCGAAGUGACUGGGAGUGGCUUGAACAGUCUAUCUACCUGAUUCUGAGAGCUGGACUUUGACUGUCUUGGGAACAUAAAGGAAAUAAGAAAAAAACCAAGAGCACAACUUUGCAAGAUGAGAUGAUUGUGUAAUGGUGUGUGGAUAUCUUUGAGGACGUUACUUGGACAUGGCGAGUGAUGCAAGCACCCUUUCCUGGAAGUUACCCACACAGGACUGGGAUGGGGGAAUCAAAAGCCCUGACCUGGGUCCUGUUGGAGAUGGCGGCCCUGUGAAGAUCAUCAAAGUGUGCUUCAGUAGCAGCAACAACCUCAGCAAAAACUUCAAACUGGUCAAAUGUGACAGUUCAUGGCAGAUCAAGACUAUCAUCCAGUCUAUUCUGAACAGUGGGCGUUUGGGCCCAAAUGUUCAGAACCCAGGCUGCUUUGGGCUGAGGCUCAAACACCUCAAAUCUGAGGAGGUCCACUGGCUUCACCCAGACCUGACUGUAGGAGAGGUUGAGCAACGCUAUGAGAGCCAUCAUGCUGAGGCAGAGUGGAGAUAUGACCUUAGAAUUCGCUACAUUCCUGUUGAUUUCAUGAAGAGGAUAAAAGAAGACAGAACCUUCCUGUUGUAUUUCUAUCAACAGGUACGCAGUGACUACAUGCAACUUCAUGCUAGCAAAGUUAGCGAUGGCAUGGCACUUCAGCUAGGCUGUUUAGAGAUCAGGAGAUUUUAUAAAGACAUGAAUGCCAAAGGUCUAGAGAAAAAGACAAAUUUUGACUUGCUAGAAAAAGAUGUUGGUCUGGACCUGUUCUUUCCUAAGGGACUUAUUGACAGUAUGAAGUCUAAGCAACUUCGGAAGCUCAUCCAGCAGACGUUUCAGCAGUAUGCUAUACUAAAAGAGGACGAGUGUAUGGUCAAGUUCUUCGAGACUUAUGGAGAAUUCUCCAGCUUUGAUGAGGAAAUAUUCCCUUGUGAGCUAGUGCAAGGCUGGAGUCUAGCAGUGGAUUUAGUCAUUGGUCCCAAAGGCAUUCGUCAACGCACCAAAGCAGACUCCACAGCUGUCUGUCUUGCUGAAUUUAAACAGAUCCGAAGUAUCAAGUAUAACACACAAAGUGAUGGCAGAACAUUGUUACUUAUUGAUAUUGAGGGUGCCAAACAGCCUCUCUCUGUCAGCGUGGCGUCUCUUGCCACUGCGGAGAACAUGGCUGAUCUGAUCGAUGGCUACUGUCGGCUGCUUAACCACACAGACUCAUCUUUGAUAGCUGGGCCAAAUAAAAGUAAAUCUCAAGGAGUGCAGUUGCGAAACUCUCUUCCUGAAAUUCCCUCUGGGAAGCAGACAGAAAGCUUCAGAUACAGCAACUCUGAUAUAUACUGCGAAAUCCCAGAUGAAAAGCCGCCACCACCUGCAAAGGUGGGCCUGUACAGGAAAGAUAUUGUCCUGAAACGUAUGCUGGGUGAAGGGUUCUUUGGGGAGGUUCAUGAAGGAGUUUACCAGAAAAAGAAUGGGGAGAAGAUCAGUGUUGCGGUGAAGACCUGUAAGGAGUGUGCACCUGACGUCAGAGAGAAGUUUGUUGGUGAAGCAGUUAUCAUGAAGAACCUAGAUCAUCCACACAUAGUGCGGCUGAUCGGUGUCAUUGAGGAAGACCCGGUAUGGAUCGUCAUGGAGCUGUGUCAGCACGGAGAGCUGGGGAAGUACUUGACAAAAAAUCAGCAGAGUUUGACCAGCGUGACUCUGGUUCUCUUCAGCCUACAGAUCUGCAAAGCGCUUGUUUACCUACAGGGAAUGAACAUGGUCCACCGAGACAUAGCUGUACGAAAUGUGCUUGUUGCCACCCCUGAUUCUGUGAAGCUGGGUGACUUCGGCCUUUCCAGAUACAUUGAGGAUGAAGAAUAUUACAAAGCAUCUGUUACUCGUUUACCAAUCAAAUGGAUGGCUCCUGAAUCCAUUAACUUCAGACGCUUUACUGCGGCCAGUGAUGUGUGGAUGUUUGCUGUGUGCAUGUGGGAGAUAUUCAGCCGAGGUAAACAGCCAUUUCACUGGCUGGACAAUCGUGAUGUGAUUAACCAGCUGGAACAGGGCAACAGGCUGCCCAAACCUGAGCAGUGCCCUCCUGCCCUGUACUCACUCAUGACCCGCUGCUGGAGCUAUGACCCCUGCGAGAGACCUACCUUCACUGAACUAGCCUGCAACAUCAGCGAUGUCCACCAAAUGGAGAAGGAGGCGGAGGUGGAGAGAGAGAGAGACAAAGUCCGUAACAACCGGUACCUGGAGCCCAAGUUUAACAUUAGUGAACCUCCACCAAAGCCGUCCAGAGUCAAUACUGCCCGCUUCGGAAAUACCCUUGGAGUCGGCCUACAUCUUCAGCUUAAUGAGGCUUUAUGUGCCAGUUCCCCAGACCUGGCCAGCCCGUGUGAUUACCAGUCACCUGUGGACUCAACCAACCUCCUGUCCGUUCCCAAGACCUCACCCCGACGCCUCAGUCUUGUGGAGGGUGAGUUCAGUUUUGGGCCAUCCAGUAAGGAAGAUGCCCAGCGGCUGUGGCAGGUGGAGAAGGAUCGCAUGCAGGAUACUAUGAAGAUGCAGAAAGAGCAGAUGGAGGAGGAUACAAAAUGGUUAAAGAAGGAGGAGAAGCUUCUGGACCCAAUGGUUCAUGAGGACACAAAUAUUCCUGAGGCACCUGAACUGCCACUUAGUUAUGCUGAACUGCAUCAUCCUCCUUCAAAACCACCCAGAACUGCAAUGCAGCCUACUCCUACAGCAGAGCUGGACCGCUCAGAGGAUAAUGUGUACCAGUGUGUCAUGGACGUGGUGAAAGUGGUGGUGCAGCUGAAAAAUGACAUUAACACACUGCCAUCUACUGAAUACAUCUCUCCUGUCAAGACUGUCGGACUCUCAUUAAGAAAUCUGAUCAACAGUGUGGAUGAUAUACUACCAACUCUGCAUGAUUCCUGUAGAACAGAGAUUGAAGGCACUCAGAAGUUGUUGAAUAAGGACUUGGCUGAGCUCAUCAGUAAGAUGCGUCUGGCCCAGCAGAACGCCAUCACCUCUCUGAAGGAAGAGUGCAAGAAACAGAUGCUGAUUGCGGCCCACAGUUUGGCCAUGGAUGCCAAGAACCUGUUAGAUGCUGUAGACCAGGCACGGGUGCGCUCGAACCUGGCCAGACCCAAACCUGAGGACGCAGACUAGAGGAGCAGCUUGGGACAUGCCGACUCACAGCUUGAGUACAGGACAGAUUGAAUCACCUGUUUGUAUUAACAGAACACAAACACCAAUAUGGAACAUGAAACAUCCAAUAGUUUUACUGCUGUCAUAUCAUGUUAAGUGCUCCAUGUAAACUUUUAUGAUUCAGAAAUCCAAGUAUUUUAGUUUGUUUUUAGAUUUUGUUUGGAGAAAACAUCUUGUAUAAAUGUUAAUAACAACUAGCUUGCUGAUCCGUCUACAUGACCCUAACAUUCCUCUGGACAUAUUGUCUUAUUAAUUACAUUUUUAUGUAUUGUAGACCAAAACUAUAUAAACUAUCACAUAUAAGCAAAUAUGCUUUUUAUGUUUGCAAACAACAUUAAAAGAUGUUGUUACUGGUAUCUGUAUUAAAGGAGAUAUGUAGAAUUCAGAAACCGUUGUUAUUAGCGACACCGGUGGCCAUUAAGUGAACUGCAGCCAGCAACUUAUUGCAUGCUUGUGCUUGUACUUGUGCACACAUAACGUACAAAAGACUGAACUUGAUUCGAGUUAAAGGUAGGGUAGGCAAUUGCAGAGAGGCUAGCAAUAGCAAGUUAGCUUUGAAAACAUAAUAUCCCACCCUCUUUUCAGAGCAUCUCCAAAGCCACGCCUCCUUCAAAACACAUGAAUGCACACAGCCAUAGCAGAGUCUGUAAAGUGUCACUCUCACAGGUUAAAAUACCUCAUGUCUCAAAGCACAUAACAUUACAAUAAUAAUGAUCGUAAACAACUUACAGAGUUGUACCACCUGACUGCUGCAGAUUAAUUUUGGCGUUGAUAGUGUUGACAUAGAAAUGCAUAAAUCCAAGUCUGAUCACUUGAACAGCUUCAGGUAGAACGUUGCGGGUUGCCAUCUCGUAAUUACUGUUACGACAUGGCGUGAACGCAGCAUAAACUCAUUGUUUUGUUUCAGGAGGAACUGUAACAGGUGGCUGCUGUUUGUUUUUUGGCAAUCAGUGGCUGUCUGUCAGCAAUUCUGCAUAGCCUUAUGGAAUGCGCUGUUGAUGUGUAAUGUCUGCGCAAGCAGAGGUAUCUGAUUGGAUGAACAUUUUUUUUGGUCCUGAGACUUCCACAUAAGAUAUAUGUACAUGUUUUAAUAUUUAGACCACUUCUAUUAUUGAUUGCUAUCAGGAUGUGAAGAGAGUUUCAACCAGUAUAACAAAGUGUUUAAAAAACAAACUGCCUACCCUACCUUUAAGAAAGCAUCUGAUCAUAGCGAUGUGGAUAUGUUUGCACCAGGUCUGCAAUUCACCGGCAUCAUGCCAACAUCAUAGUCUAAUUUUAAUACCUAAAGUAUAUUUGAGAAGCAAAAUUCAUUUCGUGUGUCAGAAGAGAGGCUCUCGGGAGCACGCAAAAACAUCACACCCUUUUGAUUUUCCCAGCAAAAACGACCCAAGUCCUUUACAUAAAAAUCAGUCUACAGGAUUUGAUAGACAACCUAGGAAGUCACGGAAGGUCUUUUUUGUUUGUUUGUUUUCAUUACAAGCUGUUUACACAUAGGUAAUAAAAAAAAUUUAAAAAAAGUAAUUAAUAAAUGAAAAUCUGGUAACACUUUACAAUAAGGUUCAUUAAAAAUUAGUUAAUGUAUUAACUAACAUGAACUAGCCAUGAGCAAUACAUUUGUUACUGUAUUUACUAAUCUUCGUUAGCAUUAGUUCAUGAAAAUACAGUUGUUCAUUGUUUGUUCAUGUUAGUUCACAGUGCAUUAACUAAAUGUUAAGAAGAUUUUAAUAAUGUAUUAGUAAAUGUUGAAAUUAACAUUAACAAAGAUUAAUAAUUUCUGUAUAAGUGGAGUUCAUUAUUAGUUCAUGUUAACUAAUGUAGUAAACUAAUGAACCUUAUUGUGAAGUGUUACCGAAAAUUCUUACAUAUAGUCAGUCUUUAAAGGAAUAGUUAAUUCAAAAAUUUAAUCAUUUAAUCACCCUCAUAUCAUUCCAAACCUUUAUGACUUUCUUCUGCAAAACACAAAAGAAGAAAUUUUGAAGAAUGUUGGUAACCAAACUGUUGCCAAACACUGAAACAUUUCUAAAAAUAUUUUCAUGUUCCACAGAACAAAGACAUGCAUACAGUUUUAUAAAGACAUGAGUGUGAGUAAAUGACAGAAUUUUCUCUUUCUCUUUAAGUCAAACAGACUCACCAUUAUACGCAUACCCACAAACCACUUUGUCUCUAUCUCUUUAGUGUACACUCCUUGAUAUGAAGAGUACCAAGACAUGAGAAAUACCAACCGCAGUGAUUUUAUUUGUGUAUUCGGUUAUAGUAAGUCACCAAGUCUCUUAUCCAGUUGGCACUUUUAAUUUGGACAAUAAUAUUCAAGGUUAUACAGUACAUUCAAAUACAAGCGUUUUCAUAUACAAGCUUCUCUCCUCUCAAUUUCUGUCCUAAAAAAAAUAUCAGGCAUUUGGUGCCACAUUCCUGAUGUCAAACAUGCAUCUUCUUACCCCAUGCAGGGGAAAUAUCCCUGCUAGGAGGGGCUUUGUGCCCCCAUGCUGGUUCUUCCUGUGGAAGCCCAUAAUUUAGAAGUCCUUGUUGUUCAUAUAAUGUACUCACUGGCGUGUUUUCUAGAUCAUGCCUGCGAGCCAGGGUGGGAGAAAGAGCCCGAUUGUUCCCAGCAAACAUACUAUGAUGAACAUCCAUAGGAAGAUUCUGUCUAUUACCAUAGCAACAUACUUCCAGUCCUCUUUUACCUGUGUGAAGAGAUAAGACAAAUGAGUGGAUUAUUAUAGCAGUAACACAACAUGUUACUAUAAAAGAAAGAAGUUUGUAAAACUUUGAUGUUGACUUGACAAAUUCUUUCUCGAACGUUUAAAAUAGAUCUUAAAGGCACAAUAUGUAAAUUUUCGCUGCUAAAGGUCACCUGUUCAAAACAAAGGCGUAGCUUAAUGACAACAACAUUGAGCGUGGAAUCAUGGGAUAUGUCGUCUUUACCUCACAGCCAGACGAAAAGAAUCCGACGGGACUCGCUCAGGGAGAAAUCAUGUUCAUGGAUGAGAUUAUUAACGUUACUGUAGUAUGAAGCAGGACAGGGCUGCGUGCUGUGGGAGCUGAAUCACUGGAGUGAUUGCUAAUGAGAGAUGAGCGCGACACGUCUCGAGAGCAGAACUUUUAUUAUGCCACAGCUGCUGCUUCAGCUUCUUCCGGUCAAGUGUAUGUAGAGUAAUGCAGCACUGUUUUAUCACAUCAUAUACAUUUGAGGGUGUUGAAAAUGAUGUUAUAAUGUUACUCUGUGUGUUCGCUCAGCUGCUUCUAUGAGACGCUUGUUGCACACUUCAGUAAGCUAGAUCGAUAUUAGAAUAUCAUAUUAAUAUAAUCAAGAAAACGAGAUUCAAACAACAAGAAUAAACGUGUUGAGCUAUAUAACAGUGAUUCGUUUUCUGUCUAUAAAUGUAUCCAAACAGUUGUUCCCUUGUCUAAUAAAAGAUAUAAUAUAUUAAAGCA